AUGGAAAGUGACGGAGAGAAAGUGAAGGGGGACCGAGAAUCUCUCAAGCGAAGCAGAGUGGAGUUCGAAGACGAUGAGUCAACGGAUGAUGACUCUGAAUGCAACGGAUUAGAUGACUCCGAGGAAGAAGAAUGGUGGAAGGAAGAUGACAGCGAAGACCUGGAUUGUGAACAGGACAUUGAAGAGCACGAGUAUACCACCGACGACGCGGCACGAACGGUGAAGAUUCGGCUCUUUUCGAUCGAUGCCUAUGAAGGAAUGAACAAGUCUAGUUGGAUGAAAAAUUUUGUCGCCGAAUGCACUUGUGACGGCGUCGUUGUCGCCACCGCUCUGGCUCGGUAUAUUCAUCGACAGGGCAUGCGCUCUGAAUUUUGGGAAAAGAUGGAAGUGCCCAGCGAGGAAACAUGCGAUGUGGCCUUCCAUACCUUUGAUCGAUACGGAACAGUCAAGGCCAAGUAUAAGGACCAUCCAGUGCAAAGAGGAACUGGUGUAUGGGGAAACGAGCUUGACCACGGCCCUCUUUUCCUGAUCGAAAAACUUCACGUUACAGCACUGAAUCUGCGUCGGAAAGGUCUAGGCCAGAAAAUAGUGUCUUUACUUUUGGACAAAGCUAGGCUGUUCUGCCUAGACGACAAGCCAGACGGCGAAUAUGCGGAUCGUUUCUACGGUUCCAAUGAGGCCCUUAAGCGAGCGUGGACUCUACAUGCCCUAGUCAGUCCCGGAGUACUAACAGCUGAUAUCAAACCGCAGUUAGUGGGCAAGUCUGCAGAAGAACGCUUGACGACACGGGCUCGAAUCCAAUCCGGCGCUAUUGACUUCUGGCGAUCGUGCGGUUUUCGCCGAAUCGGAGCAUCUCGGUGUUUUGCAUUUUCGUUCGAUAGCCAGCAUCAGUCUCGAGCUCUUGCUGCGUCUUCUGAUUUCGACCCGCGUAGAAGCGAUGCUGAAGAUCUUGAAGAAGAAGAACUCGAAGUCAUCUAUGAGAGGGAUCACGUUACUGAUGUGAAGAAAAUGAAAAUGGAAAGACUUCGUGACGCGUUGCCGCUGCAUCAUGCAGCCCUCACUCUGAUGGACGAGGAGCUCAAAAUUUUUUUCGCGACUCAUGCCGACGACGAGAUUGGCUGGGAUCGAGUGACGAACUCUGAAGCCACGCUUCUGCAUUUAACAGCUUGCGAGCUCAAGCCCCUGAGUACACGGUGGCUACUUGAGAAUGUCCACCACGCCGACUGCUGGAAGACAGCCCGUGAUAUUCACGGGUACACCCCGCUCGAAGCGUUGCAGGAGACUUUAGAGACAAUGCGAACGCGAAAAGGAUACGGCUUUUUCAGGGUCUUGAACAUAUCAGACCACUUUGAAGGGUACUCUGACGCUGCAGUGUCCUGUCUCUCCUUGCUAUUCGGACAGGAUGCUUUGGGGUUUAAUAGAGCAUGCCUCCGCUACGGGUGUACAUGCGGAGGGUGCGUUGAAGGAUUUCUAUCCGCCCGAAUGAGGAGCUCUUUGAUCCUUCAGGGCGAGUUUAUGUACGACCUCAUGCAGGAUGGAAUUGAUGAUAGCGGCUUCUGGGUAGACUUCAACGACUUCAAGCUCGAGCAUCUCGAUCUCGAUGUGCGAAAGAACCUCAAAACCAACAAGUCACUUCGAAGAGGCUUUGUGAAUAUUUGCCAAAUUGCCGUGGAAUGUCUGCAGGCGAAAAGAAUUCCCACCGCGGAGAAUCUCGAGUGGUGCUCUAACAACCGGAGCGAGUGGCCGCCAGAUACCAGGAACUAUCUGCGACGCACUGGGACGCAGAUGGGCUGUCGGGCAGUGCUGCGUUACAUGUUUGACGCUGCUAAGGAAGAGGAUGAGAAAGCAGGUGACGGAUGGUGUCAGCGCACAUUGAAGAAGGAAUGGUCCGACCUACCAACUUGUCGGAACGAUCAUGAGUUUGAAUUUGUUGCCAGGGCUUGUGGCUACGGCGGGGAUGAUUUCAUUUCGUUACCAUGCUGGUAG